AUGUUCGCAACUCACUGGCUACCUGCCGCCCGGUUGAACAUCAACCAAGCGCGAAAAUUCUCCUUGCUUUCCACGCACGCUUCAUUCCCAGCCACAAUGUAUCGAUUCCAGCUAGAGCGCAAGGCCACACUAUACGAUGUGCGCCAAGAUGAGACCCGAUACAGAAAGGAUGCAAUCAGUGUCUCGGACGACGGGUUGGUUCAUGCAAUGAUCUCAAAGUCAAGUCCCUACUCGAACGGGCCGAUCUUUAUGCCCAAUUCUCGCCUUAUGCAGCAAAUGUUGCGUUUUGACUUUGAGCGGUACCAGGAAGAUAUCGGUGACGGAAAGUCUCUUUUGGAUCCCACUGUCAUCUGCAUUCAGCGAGGUACUCCUAUUCCCCCUGCGCUGGUAUUAUGGCGGGAAGGCGUCUCUCGCUUUUCCUUGCAGCCUUCGGAACCCUUGGAGGUUGAAAAACUGAAUGACGUGCUCAGCGAGUUCUAUGAGAAGUCUGCAACGGUUAUCAGUGCGGAGGAAUGGAUUGAGAAGCAUCCUUACCGGGAAAGUUUUGCUGAUCAGAAUGAGCAAGGCUGGAUGGAGGUCUAG